UUCCAGUUGGAGAGCCCAAGCCGAGAGGGAAGGGAGCCUCUCGGGCGGGAUCGGCCCCAUCGCCGGCGGUUUGAGGCGCUCCUGCCAAAGACAAGCUCUUAAAGCCAUGGGAUUCCGGGCGGGCUUCGCUCGCAGAGGUUGGCCAACGAGCAGAGGGCGCUGAGCAGCGAAGACACUGCAGCCGAGGAGCAGAGGAAAGGGACGGGAAUCUCCCCUCGGCAGUUCACCAUGGAAGCUACCUGGCUACAAAUCCCCUUGGCCUUCCUCAUACUUCCACUGUUGGUGUUUGGAGCUCCUGCUGAUGAAUCUGCUCCCCAAGAUGUUUCAGCUACCUUGAGGGAUUGCAAGCGUUGCUGUGAUCCCCUGGAUGUCUCUACAUCUGAGUCCCAUCAUGGCACAAGUCCCCGCUCCUCACCUUAUGUAAUACCAGAGGUGCGUCCAUAUAUCAACAUCACCAUUCUGAAGGGAGACAAAGGUGAUCGAGGAGAACCAGGAAUUCCUGGGAAAUGGGGAAAAGAAGGUCCACCAGGAGAACAGGGAGCUCUGGGCCCAAAGGGCAGCAAGGGACAGAUGGGGACCCCAGGGGAUCCCUGCAAACACCAAUAUGCUGCCUUCUCUGUGGGCCGCAAGAAGGCACUCCAUAGCAGUGAGGGCUACCAGGCCUUGAUCUUUGACUCUGUGUUUGUGAACCUCUACAGCCACUUUGACAUGUUCAAAGGCAAAUUCUACUGUUAUGUGGCUGGUUUAUACUUUUUCAGCCUCAAUGUCCACACUUGGAACUUCAAGGAGACCUACAUGCAUGUCAUGCAGAAUGAUCAGGAGGAAGUCAUCCUCUAUGCCCAACCCAGUGACCGCAGCAUCAUGCAAAGCCAGAGCCUGAUGCUCGAACUACGGGAGAAUGAUGAGGUCUGGGUUCGCCUCUACAAGCGCGAGCGUGACAAUGCCAUUUACAGCGAUGAUGUGGACAUCUACAUUACCUUCAGCGGCUACCUGAUUAAGCCUGCUCUUGAAUAGAUGUUUUCUCCUCUGCCUCCUGAAUGUCUGAUAUGCCUAUGAACUGCAGGAGAUUAUACGCAGAAGCAUCAAAAGGGAGAAGAAGAGGAGUUGAAACAUAGCAUGGAAAUUUUUCUUUUUCAGACUGUAACUCUUAACAUUCUGGAAACUGUAGCACAAAAAGGAACUCUUCUAAGCUCUGGAUCAAGGAAGAGCAGGCUACACACUUGUUAUCCCUCUCACCAAAGCCUGCACACCAUAUCUGGACUUUAAGGCUUGGGGAGGAUUUUUAAAAGUAUUGUUUAAAAGGUCCAGGUGACACAUUAUUAUAAGCAAAAUUGUGACCUCUGAUAACUUCACGAGGCACAUUUUUUAAAUCGGGGAUAUCUAAACAAUGGGGAAUUGCAGGGCCAGAGGUUUCACAGGUGGCCUUUAUGGCUUAUGUGGCCUGUGGACAGCACAAUUUUUAGAUGUGUGUGUGUUUUUAAGUCUCCUGCCAAUAUGUGACAACCAUAUGCUUGUUAUAGGGUUUUUAAAGGCAAGGAAUACCUAGAUGCAAUUUUCCCAUUCUUUCCACUGAAACAUACCCUACAACUCCUGGUAUUCCUUUAUGGUCACCCUUCUACAACCACUUUGACAUGUUCAAAGGGCUAAACCUGCUUAGCUUUCAAGACCAGACAGGAUCUGGUGUCUUAGGGAUAUAUAGGCAGGAUACAACUCUUGUUCCUUUGCUUAAAAAAGAAGGUGUUAUAUAUCUAAGAGUGUGAACUGAAGAAAAGCAGCUAUUCAGAAUUGGAAGGCAUCAUUUAUCUUCCCGUAACAGUUUCUGAUUCAUUCUCAAGCUUGCAUGUUUUGCCAAAUAAGGCUAUAAGAACUAGGAUCCCCAGGUUUCCUGAAUAUAUCUGUGCUCCAACAACCUGAGAAUUUACCCUCCACUUUGACUGUUUGUUUUUUGGGGGUUUUUUUUGUAAUAUUUGAAGUUACUAUCCUGAUCUUGCCCUUGCUUGUUGAGAUCAGUUGGGCUACAUUUCCAUUGUCCACAUGGCUAAAGACAGUGGGAACUGCAAGUCAUCUUGAGGUAACAAGGUUGAGGAAUAUAUGGAAAUAAAUCAUGCCAUUUGGGGGGGGGGGGGCAGAAAAUGCUCAAGUCACCAUAGUCCUGAAGGGUUGUUGGCUCCCAGUAAUUCUAAAAGAUAGUUUUCCCAAGAACUAGCUACUUCAGGCAUGGGUAAAUAAGGAGGAAAGAAGAUAUCUAAAGCAAGUGUUUUCUUUCUGAUUCUUACAAGUGUAAUCUUCUGAGAUGUCUUAUGUGAACCUUUCUGAAAACUCUAAUAUUAGGAUGGUGAAACAAUGCUACCAUCAGUGGUGCUAAAUGUCAAUUCCCAUCACCUUUCAGCAUGGGCCAGUCUGACUGAGGCUGUAAUCCAGCAAUAUCUGUAGAGUUUCAUAUUCUUCAUACCUGCUCUAUAGCGCUACCUUGAUAUUAUAACUUAACUUUGCUAGAAAUAGCAGCUUCCAGAUGUAUUGGAUUGCCAUGCCUAUUGUCCCCAUCAGCCCUUUUGCUUGGGGUUUAGGGAUAUUAUAUUUCAACACAUUUGGAAGGCAUGAGAUCACAGAAAGCCAUGGUAUGUUAACAUAAAUGUCUAUCUACAAAUAGUAGAGAGAUCCAAUGUACAAUGUGCCUCAUGGGUGCAACUACAGAUUGGGGGCCAAAUAAAGGCAUUGCCCCCCUAAUAAUAAUUCUGCCUCCAAAAUUAGUUUUUCCCUUUAGUUCCCAAAUUCUAGCAUUGCAGAAAAUGAGACGUUAAAAUAUUAAUACCUAGAAUGGUUAUAGUUUGCAUUCCCUUGGUAUCUUUGCCUACCCCCCCCCCCCAUUUUUGUGGUCUAAACUAUACUUCUAAAUGCUCAAAUGGAGAUUUAAGUAAUUGCAAUAUUUUAUUUUUGCAACAGCAGCAAAACGGUUUCUGAAAAAUUAAUUCUUAUUUGAAUGGGCAAUGCCCUCAUCAUACUGUUAUCCUCUUUAGCUGCAUCAUUGCACUCCUCUCUAAUUUCUGUCAUUCCUUGAAGCUGAUAGAGAUAGAUCAACAAAUGAAAACUAUGUAUCCCAUCUCCUGAAUUUUACAGGUUUUUCUAGGUAUUUGGAUAAAGCAGGCACAGGCGAACUUUUUUGCCUUAGGACCUCAUUGUGGGCUUGGCCAAGGAGGUGGGGGGGGGGGCAGGCACACACUGGUCGGGCACUGGCCCAGGAGAGGGUGGGGCCAGGAGGGGUCAGGGCUGGGUCAUCCUCAGGUUGCCCUCCCAGCAUAAGGAUGGGGCUGCUUGCCCUGUCUUUAUGCCGGGAAGAAGACGGGACACAAGGCGACUGCCCUGAUCCUCCUCUGAUCCUUGGCAUUAUGCUGGGAGGAGGGCAACACAGGCAGUGUGUGAGAGUGCUACAGAGGGCUCUCGGCUGCUGCAUGUCUUCCUCCCUUGUUAUUUUGGCAUAAGGACGUGGUGGCCAGGAGGACAAGGAAAAUGAGGAAGGCCUGAGGUAAGCACCCAGGGGGCCACAUCUGCCCCCCGGGCCUUAGUUUGCCCACGCCUGAGAUAAAGUAUACAGCGGUGUGCAGUUUUAUUUUGACUUAGGAGUUAGUCCUGCAAAGCAGAGUGACUUGAACAAGAAAUGGAAUUCCUCCUCCCUGCGACACGCAAAUUAUGGAACCAGCUGUUGUAUAUUUGCAGCGCCUGGCGUCCCUCUGUCUCUCGAGGGAACAGCAGGAAUUUCUAGCAUGGAAUCGCUUCCAGACCUGGGCUUUGAAUCCUUCAAAUCUUUGCCUCCUUUCCAAUGUCAACAGGGCUCUCAGAUGCUUCUUCAAGGCAGCUGCAUUUAAACUGAAGGACAGCUUCUUUUAGGUUCUCUUGAGACAGAUUAAGCUCUUGCCUUUCUCUACUCUAUUCUUUUAUAAAUGUUAAGGUAUAGUAUUCAAUUGGUUUGGAAUCAAAACAGUAAUUACUUACUUUUUGAAAGUAAUAUUCUAACCUCUGGUCAAGAGAUUAACAUAUAUAUGUCACCAUUGUUGGGGGGGGGGUGAAGGUGUGUGCUAGGCUGGCUGCUUGUUUGUUUGGUUGGUUGGUUUUUGGUGCUAAAGAAAACUUCCAAUUCUUGGUGCUAAAGAAAAUCUUUUGGUGCUCUUCCAGGACACUAGAAAAGAAUUAGUGUUUGCUGGCAGAUAUAUUGGGUUAACAUGGACACAGUAGACUGUGGAAUUUAUGGUGCUUUAUAGAAAACUGAAACCAGCCAAGAAGAACACUUGUGCUUUGUAUAUAUACAUGUGUAUAUAGCCUAGAUAUUAAAUUGCCUUUAUUGCACUUUGA